AUGAGCGAUAAGCCGUUGCCAUCGUCGUUUGACGACGACCCGGACUUUUUCCAGGACAAUGCCUGGAAGAAGCUGGGCCGCCGACUAAAAGAAGAGCCACUGGUUCCUCUGGGAAUCGGUGCCACCUGCUAUGCCCUGUUCCGGGCAUACCGGUCUAUGAAGAUGGGCGAUUCCGUACAAGUCAAUCGCAUGUUCCGCGCCCGUAUAUAUGCACAAGCAUUCACUCUACUCGCCGUAUGCGCCGGCAGUGUGUACUACAAGACAGAACGGGACCAGCGAAAACAGCUGGAAAAGGCCAUGGACCUGAAGAAACAACAGGCGAAGCGGGAUGCCUGGCUGAAAGAACUAGAAAUAAGAGAACAAGAGGACAAGGACUGGCAGAGCAGACAUGCUACCAUCGAACAGGCCGCAAAGGGGGUUGAAGUGAAGCCCUUCGUGGCAGAUUCGGCACCGGACGCCGCAGGGCGCGACGCCUCAGAGGAACCAGCCAAGGAAUCCGGCGACAAAAAGGACGGCGGUUCAGGCGGUGUACUUUCAGCUGUGAAGAAUCUCUCAUGGGGCUCGAAGUAG